AUGGUUUUUCUUCUCAGAUCGUAUCCCUUGAGCUUCGUAUCUACCGGCGCUUUGUGCUUGGUGUACCUUUCACAAUCAGCCUUCGGGGCGAUCCGUGUCUAUGCUAUCCAGGGUGGAGCCUGGAUGACAGCAGUCGUUGUGAUGUCAUUGGGGCUCGUUCCCGUUGCCACUAAUAUCGAUAUCCCUCAUUUCCUUGCUCUUCAGAGAUGGAUCAGCUCAGUGAUCCUGUGUCGCUUCUUCCUCAAUCUUCGACAAGCUGCUAAUUCGAACGACGACCUCAUCACGAGCUCGGAUAGGUCAUUCUUUGGUAUUACAUCAAGGAUCAUCGGGAACAUGGGCGAGAUGCUGGAAGAGGAUUCUCUCGAAAGCGACACCCUCGUGGGCACCUAUUAUGGCACCGAAAUCGACGAUGAAGGAGAUCUGUUGCCCUCUGAUAAUACGAGCGAGAUGCUCUUCAAUCGUUCGAAGGGGACGCUCGCAGCGACCUACCAGCUCGUCUCGGAGAUGACAACGACUCGUUCGUACAGUAGUUCGGUAGCGACGAACUCAAAUUCCGAAGGCCAAACUCUAGAUUAUCUUCAUGGGAAAAGACGCCAGGAUCACGACCAGCUUGCACUCGACCCGAGUAAGCCGUUCAAUGAACCCGACGCUGACGUGGUUAUCCGCACAUCCGAUAUGGUCGACUUCUACGUCCACGUCGUGAUCCUACGGAUCGCAUCACCGUUCUUUAAAGACAUGUUCAGUCUACCCCAGCCCCGCAGCGGCGGACUUGACGCCCCUGAGAUAAUCCUGGUGGCGGAAGAUAGUAAGACACUCGAUUGUCUUCUCAGAAUGUCUUACCCAAUUGAGGAGCCUCUGCUGACUGACCUCGGGCUCGUGGGGUCCGUUUUGAAGGCCGCUAUGAAAUACCAGAUGGACACCUCGGUCAAGAAGUUGCGGAGAAUGCUCUCUGCCUUCAGUAAUCCUCUUCGCGUAUUCACCAUUGCCUGCACCUGCAGGCUCGAGAAGGAGGCGCAGCUUGCCGCCCAGGAGUGGGUGGAGGAUCAGCAGUCCGCCGUCACGGACUACAUUGACGAGAUGGACAGCAUUCCCGCAGGGUCGUACUUCCGACUCUUGCAUUUUCACAGCGCGUCUCGCGCAGGAAAAGCUGUGCCCGAAGGGUAUCGUUUCUGCAGCCCCGCAGCGGCUGCCGCUCCUGAGGCUGCGGACGCGGUGACCACUGCCUUCGUCAUCCCUCCUCCCUUCGAUGUCCCAGCGUCGCCCACAGAUGUCAUUGUCCGCUGCCUCGACGCUGACUUCUACGCCGAUCGCGGUGUACUCCUACUCUCGUCUCCGAAGUUGAAGGCGAUGCUCAAUGACCCUGAGCUCAAAUCGGAAGGCGAUCGCAGCGUGAUAUCCCUGCGUGAACGCCAGGAGGUCCUCCUCAUCUUGCUUCAGCUCACCUACCCCGGUACACUCCCCGAGCUGGACGACUGGCACAUGCUGACAGCGGUCGUCGAGGCCGCCGGAAGGCUCGAGAUGACGCGCGCGGCCGAGCUCGCGAAGAAGCAGUGGAUCUCGCAGAUCGAGGCGCAUCCCCUCCCGUCGUACUUCGUCGCGACGCGCAACGGCUGGGACGAGCUCGCGCACGCCGCAGCAAAGCAUGCGUUGCUCAUUUCCGCCGACGAGUAUGUCCCCGAGAUGGAAUCCGUCGACGCGCGCUCGUACCGCCAGUUCCUCCUCUACCGCCAGCGCUGCCGCGCGCUCGUCACUGUGGCGCGCCGCCAGAUCGUCGCGGACCGCAACGUAGGCAAACAAGAGGCGUACGACGUGUUCUUUGACGAGCGUGAGCGGGGCAUGUCUCUCGACUACACGUUGCACCGUGCGUGGGCGCUGUGUGGCGCUGCGUCUGAACCGAUGGACCCGCCGAGGCAAUCGGCGUCGGCGGCGAACGCACCCGCAGCCGGGCUGGGGGGUGCGUGGCCCGCCAUUGUGGCCCAGCUCUUCUCGGUGCGGAGCUGUCACUCCGGGGAAAUGCUCGACAUCAUCUACUCCUGCGAGGAACACGGCGGGGGUGCUGUGGCGGCUAUCGACCAGAUGCCGGUUCCUGGCGCCACUAUGCAGCCAGCGUCGUGUGAAGGGCAUGCGCUCAACAUCAUCAUCUACGCGACGCACGCAGCCACCAUGGAGAACGGAUGGAUGCGCGGCAAAUUUUCCGACUUGGCGCCACUCGGCAGUGUUGAGUCACUCUUCCCCCCUGUGGCUUACACUCUGGACCACCAGCCGCCCAGACAGCCUGUCCAACCCCUCGCGUACGAUGACGAUAACGUACAGAUCCCCGCGCACAAACGGCCGGCGGAGGAAGAGGUAUCGCAGCCGAUUCACAGGACGCUGCGAGACAACAAUUAUGGUAUUCAUCCCUGGGCCACGUACAAAGAUAUCACUCGCGCCCCGCCUGCAGAGUGGCCUCGUGAGCCCUCUCCGCCUGUGUUACAAGCUAACACUGCCGGCCAGGGAACAGCAUCCCGAAUUAGCGUUACAGCCAAGCACCGCCAGGCAGCCAUCGCAGACGUGCCUCAACCUGUCGCUGGUUCGUCAAACAGCGUCCCUGGAGCGGCUACAGCGGGAAGAAGUUCAGUUGGCAAGCGAUGUUUCUGCUUUUUCUGCGGCAGCAGUUUCGCAUCCUUUAAGAACAGGCGCGAACAUGUCGCCGCCCACUGCAGAAGUGACGAACGGGGGCCACUUUAUUGCCCGUGCUGCUGGGCUGAGUUCCCGAACGUGAACUUGGUAGUGAAGCACGGUGUCGUCCAUGGUCUGAGUCCCAUGCAGAUGGCGAGGAUGAUGGAAAAUGCCCAGUACUUUAUGAGUAUAAGUUGGGUACCGAAUUAUCAGCCUGAGAAGGGCGUGUCCAUCAAGCAGCCGGCCCCUAUAGAGCUGUACGAAGCGCUGGGUUCCUUGUAUUCUCGCGAUCCGAUACACUGCCUGAACGCACGACAUCGUCCUUUCCGUUUUCCAGCCCGCCAAGACCAGAUGUCGUCGUGCGCAGAGACCCCCGCAUCUCCUUCCUUCACCAGCCCCAAUGCAGACAUCAUUCUACGGACGUCCGAUGGCGUCGACUUUCAUCUUCACAAGCUUGUGCUUGGUCUAGCAUCGGACUUUUUUGGCGGGAUGUUUGGACUGCCCCAGCCAGCGAUCGACGCUGUCGAUGCUCCCUCGAAGCCGAUCAUCCCCGUCGAAGAGACGAGCACCGUCAUGGACUGUCUGCUGAGGAUGUUCUAUCCCGGCGUCACGGCCCCAAAGCUCGAGGACGUGAGCUCCGUAGGGCCGGUCCUACUUGCCGCUCUCAAGUAUGAAAUGAAGGAGCCCGUAACGAGGUUGCGGGUCAAACUCUCUACCUUCGAGGAUCCUCUUCGCGUGUUUGCGUUCGCCUGCCGGUGCAGCGAGCUGGAGCAUGAGGCGCGCCAGGUUGCUGUGGAAUGGUGCGAACAGUCCACAGCGCUCAUCACCGACUAUGUGGAAGAACUGGACAACAUACCCGCCGGCUCGUAUUUUCGCCUGCUGCAUUUCUACACCAUGUACCACGCAGGAAGCAUCCCGGAGGACUACUUGCUUUGCAGCCCGCAACUAUCGCGGUCGCGGACCAGUGACGCUCCUGGCAGCAAGGACUGCACUGUUCUUCCGCCAUUCGACAAACCAUCAUCGAACUCGGAUGUCAUCAUACGCUCCUCCGGAGGCUCUCCCGAGGAUGUUGACUUCUACGUCAAUCGCGAUAUUCUUUCUUUCGCAUCUGCCAAGAUAUGCAAGCUCCUUGAUGAUACCUCGACGCCCCUCAAAAAGGCGCCCGAGGGACAUUGUAUUCUGCCCUCACCGAGCCCUGCGAGGAUCGUGCAUCUUCUCUUGCAGCUCACGUACCCUUUCGUCACACCCGAGUUCCAGGAUUGGGAGACGCUGACGGCUGUUGUCGAGGCGGCAGAGUCGAUGGGGAUGGUGAGGGCGGCGGAGGUCACGAAGAAACGGUGGGUGGAGCAGAUCGAGGCACAUCCCCUGCGCUCGUACUUCGUCGCCAUGCGUAAUGGCUGGGCCGAAGAAGCGCACACUGCGGCCAAGCACGCGCAGCUCGUCUCCGUCGACGAGUACGUGCCGGAGAUGGAGACCGUCCCGGCGCGCACCUACAGGGACUUCCUCAGGUACCGCCAGCGGUGCCGCAGCAUGGUCGUCCGGGCGCGCCGGGAGGUCGUCAGCAAUCAUGAUGCCGACGAGCAGGCCUACGCCGCGUUCUUUAGCGUGGACGACGCAAAGUCGAUGCUGGAUUACAUGUCCCAUCGUGUAUGGGUGCUGUGCGGCGCCGCGGCGGGCUCGUCGCUUCCACAGAGGAAACACCACUCGAAGCCGCUGUCGGCAACAGGCCUCGACGGUAUGUGGCCUGUGAUUGUGGGCCAGCUGCUCGCGGCCUGGACUGGCAGCUGGAGCAACAUGACGAAUAUUGUGUAUCGCUGCGAUGAGCUUGGUGGGGCUGUAGCAGGUACUUUAAACAAGAUGCCCGUAAGUCUGAACGGCACGGGAGGGAGUUUCGUCGCUCACCAGAUAUGUCAGGUUCUGUUGGAAGCUGCCGAGGUCGUUGAUGAGACGUCUGCCCCAGACACCCAAGCUUGA